GAUGUGAUCCCCGUGUAUCUUUGUCCACAAGUCCCCAGGGUCCUUCAACACAAGAUGACUUCCAAAAUCGCCCAAAACCUGAAACAGCCGGCUCUGGACUUUUUGUCCUUUGUCAAUGCUUCCCCUACCCCUUUCCAUGCAGUCCAGUCAGCAAAGGACCUUCUCGCCAAGGCUGGCUUCCAGGAGAUCAAGGAAAAGGAUUCUUGGUCGUCGACUUGCCGGCCUGGAGGAAAAUACUACUUGACCCGCAACCAGUCUACCAUUGUUGCCUUUGCCGUGGGAAAGAAAUGGAAGCCUGGUAACCCGAUCUCGAUGAUCGGUGCCCACACGGAUUCCCCCGUCCUGAGAGUGAAGCCUGUCAGCAAUAAGCGUGGGGAGGGUUAUGUCCAAGUGGGCGUUGAGACCUAUGGUGGUGGCAUCUGGCACACAUGGUUUGACCGCGAUCUGGGAGUCGCCGGUCGGGCUAUGGUCCGGAAUGGUGAUGGCUCAAUUGUGCAGAAGCUGAUCAAGAUUGACCGGCCUAUUCUCCGCAUCCCCACUCUGGCCAUCCAUCUGGAUCGCCAAGAGACCUUCGCAUUCAACAAGGAAACUCAGCUGUUUCCCAUCGCCGGUCUUGUCGCUGCUGAGCUGAACCGCACCGGUGCCUCUGACGAGGCUGGUGACAAGGCUGUCACUAACGGAGUCAAUGGUGAAGAGAAGGCCGACUUCUCUCCCUUGAAAGCCAUCACUGAGCGCCACCACCCUUACCUGGUCGAGCUUAUUGCCACCGAAGCCGGUGUCAAGCCCCUCGAUGUCCUUGACUUCGAGAUGAUUCUGUUCGACACUCAGAAGUCGAACCUCGGUGGACUGCUGGAGGAGUUCAUCUUCUCUCCUCGCUUGGACAAUCUGAACAGCUCUUUCUGUGCCACCGUCGGCCUGAUUGACUCCGUGGCUGAUGCGUCCGCAUUGGACGAGGAGCCCGCCAUCCGUCUCAUUGCGCUGUUCGACCAUGAGGAAAUCGGAAGCCGUACCGCUCAGGGCGCCGACUCGAACAUCCUCCCCUCCGUCAUUCGUCGCUUGUCCGUGCUCCCUUCGACUGCUGGCGGUGAUUCCGAUAUCGCCACUGCCUACGAGCAGACUCUGUCCACGUCCUUCCUGGUGUCCGCCGACAUGGCGCAUGGCGUCCACCCGAACUACACGGCGAAGUAUGAGAACGACCACCGUCCCCAAAUCAACAAGGGUCCGGUGAUCAAGAUCAACGCCAACGCACGCUACGCGACCAACUCGCCUGGCAUUGUCCUUCUCCAGGAGGUGGCCCGCAAGGCCUCGGAGGACGUUGGUGAGGGUGUUCCCCUGCAGUUGUUUGUUGUCCGCAACGACUCCAGCUGCGGCAGCACCAUUGGCCCCAUGCUGUCUGCGGCGCUGGGAGCUCGUACCCUGGAUCUGGGCAACCCCCAGCUCAGCAUGCACAGUAUCCGCGAGACGGGCGGUACCUACGAUGUGGCGCAUUCGAUCCGGCUGUUUACCGGGUUCUUCAAGCAUUACGCCAACCUUUCCAAGACCAUCUUUGUCGAUUAGUAGUGCAUAUAGAUCAUACCUUGCAUGAACAUGAGCAUUGACCCAAUUACAUUAUAUCCAUACCAUCACCCCGCA